GCAUUGUAGCCAAACGCCAUUCUACCGUGACAUGAAUUGAGAUAACAUGAUCAGUUACAAUGAAGUUUAUAUAUAAACACACGUCCAGUUUGCUUUACAUUUUCAUAUUGAUAAUAAUUAUUUUACAAUUAACCAAAGCAGAACGUAGGGUGCUAGAUGGGAGGGAGCUCACGAGGAACAGGAAUUAUGUGGUUUACUUCAUAAAAGCAAACGACUCCAUACAAUACGACGCCUGGCUCUGCGGCGGCGCCAUAGUCAGCCGCUGGUACAUCCUGACCUCAGCCGCCUGUGUAGAGGACGUUAAAUACAUGUACGCCAUCGCGGGCUACUUGAAAUAUGUGAAUUACGACCUGCUCAACGAAGACCGGUGCACUGAUUAUACUAAGAGGAAGAUCGUAUUCAAGUGCUUACCUGUGGAUUACCAAUUUGACUAUCCACGGGUUGAACGAUGGGCGAAUAUCGACCUCGCGCUAGUAAAAGUGGAAAAACCUUACAACUUCAAUGACAGAUCAUACUUAGAUCAUUGCUCGUACAUUCCCAACAAGAUUGAUAUCAACUAUGAUAUAAAGUUGCAAGAACCCGGCACUGAUGCUAUUGUGUUUGGGUGGGGACAUUUACAGAAAUGGAGAGAGGUGAGAUUAUUUAAUAAUUUUCCCUGUUCUGGAUGUGGCUUUGUGAAUGACACAUUGGAUUACAACCAGGACUCUCUGCUCUACGGUCCAGUCAAACUCGCCUCCAAAGAAGAUUGCAUGGACGCAUUCGACAGCGAGACAUUUAGGAGUAUAAUAGAGAAGUACAUGAUCUGUAGCCUGGAUGCUGGUAAACUGGAUGACGCUGGGGAUAUUAUUGGGGAUUCCGCAGAAGAUAAAACUUUUGUAAGAGAUUGCGGGCCGGGAGCCUUGAGGGUAGGAGGCAAGAACGAUCACGGAGGUCCAAUAAUCACUUGGAGGGGUCCAAAAGAAGUUCUUAUAGGCAUUGCAUCCGUAUUCAAAGUCGACGACCGCACGCAGGACUGCGUACCUCCAUUCCUGUACACUAGCACGCAUUGCAAUGGAGAAUUCAUCCACUGCCUCAUGAACACGGCUGAGAAUGGAAACAUGGGCGAAGAAGAUACGCGCAGAUGUGACGCACUGGCAAAACAGCGUGGUUUCAACAUCAUUAGACGGACCAUUUCAUGGAUCGGACAUCCGGAUGGACCAGCCUACAAUGAAAUCGACACUCACAAUGAGAGAGAUAAAACAACGAAUUCGAAUGUAAAAAAAUAA